AUUUCUUCUCGUGUUAAGUGUAACUACGAGUAUUUUUGUAAACGUUUGUGUGUGGUAAAUGAUCGAUGGCAUUCGAUUGCUAUACGCAUGCAAAGCACAGUAGUUAGCAGAAUGAGACGAGAAGCUCGAAUGCUUCAAGUGGCUGGAGCAGUCAGCUGACUGACGGAUAGUUGAGGCGAGCAUUGCUCGAUUGAUAGCAAGACAAGUUAAAAAUAAGAAUUGCCGCUUUUUUUUUUAGAGUUUUAAUUGGCUAUGCUUAGAUAUACACUAAUAUAUUGCGUGCAUAGCAUUAGAUGGCUUAGAAACUCAUUGCUGGCCAGGUCUGUGUCGAAGCGAUGAAGUGUGGUAACAAAUUUCUAAUUAGUAGAAGGAACUUUUUCACAUAAUGGCGUGUUGGUAUACUCGUCACGCUCGCAUGUAAUUCGAGUGCGUGUUUAUAAGACGAGGUAUUCGGUGAAAAAAGGUCCACUGAGAAAAAAGUGUGCAUUACAACGACCUGCAAUUUUUUUACUACACACGUCGAAGGAAUCUGCCUAAUAAAAUCUAUUUACCUUUACGCAACUAAUCAUGACCAGUCUGAAACAGCGACAGGUGUCACAAACGUUAACUCAGGUGUUAUUAGAUCGAAAGUUUAUGGCGACAAGUGAACUGCGCGAGUUGGUGGUCAAACUUAAUACAAAGUUCGAUUAUAAUCUUGACAUCAAACAGGAUAGAAGUCUUGAUGAAUACAUUGGAACCAUGAAUAUUUCGCUAGCACGGCUUCACUUGAAAAUAGUGCAGACUCGAGACGAAUCGACAGGCGAGCGUCUCAUUGUCCUAUGUAACACACUCGCGUCAAAUUUGUCCUUGCAUCCUGAGCUCAGUGAGCAGCAGAUGGCUUUGUUUCGCACACUUGUCGAACGGAUCGCCACUGCUUCGGACGGGCACAUCCCGCACCAUCAGGCAUUGUAUGCCGUCUGCGAGAUUCCAAACUGCAAACUCAGCGAGGCGCAAGCUGAGCAGACUAUCAACGAACUUAUCAGGCAAAAGUAUCUGGAGAGCGGUCCGAAACAACGUUUGUCGCUAAGCCCAGUUGCGCUUGUUGAACUUGGGCCAUAUAUCGUUUCACUGCUGGAAGAUAAAGUGAUCAAAUGUGCGGCAUGUUCUAGCCUGUGCCUUCAGGGUAUGCAUUGUUCUACGACAGACUGUCCCGCAAAGCUGCACCAUGCCUGCGCUAAGAAACUUGUUGCGUGCAGACUUUGUAAGAAAAAAUGGAAUAAACCAGUGCGUUAACACAAAAAUUAGCAAAAUUAUGCUCCUCUGGUAAACUGCACCAGUAGGACAACGCACGCCAUGCUAAAUAAUGCAAUUUGAUUGCGAAACAAUAUGCCUCUGAUCAGAGUCGAUUCAGGAAAGCGUACGAGUGUACACAGAGAAAAUACCCAUUGGUACAGUGAUACGGGCUCCACGGAGGCACGAUGGCAAACGGGAUGCGGGAAAUGCGCUCUGAGAACAAAAAUCGUUGCGACCAUGAAGCAGAAUGUACAACUCGAAACAGUGUUUAUUUAUGAUGUACAUUAUGUAAUUAUUUCUGUACUGGUUGGUACAUAUUCUGUAAGCAAAUAUGCUUACAAUAACUGAGGUUCAUAUUUGUUUAAAAUAAUGAUAUUACUAUGUAUGAAUAAAAGAACAGAGGUCUUUUUUGUCUUCUUUUGUGUUCACUAUAGCAGGAAAUACAACCCGUUUCCGUCUUUAUAGUUGUCUUUUGUAGAAGGAAACCUAUUAAAUGUUUAGCGUGCAGUACUUUGACUGUGGCUCAAAUGACUAAUAAACGAAAAAACAUGAAAAUCUCCUAAAUAUGUAAAAAUGAUCUUCUAACAUCCAUUGAAGUAGAUUUCACAUUAGAGUAAAGUAAGAGCUAUUGUAAAAUCAAAAAAAGAAUUCGACAGUGAUUCAAAUAAAAAAACAUUUGCCUUGCGGAUUUCGUUGUCGUAGAUUGCUUAAGUCAUGUAACUGUAUAUUAACAGUCGCCCGAGAAGCGCGACCGGAUUACCUGCUGGCUGUAUUUAAACCAUUUAUACAUUUGUGUCCGAAUAUGGCCAACUAUCGUGCAUAAACAUCGUUCCUAGCUGUGGUAUUAGAAUAAUGAAGAUGCAUUCAGUAGUCCAAUACAUGAAAAUCUAGUUUGUUAUCAUUUUGAGAAUGCGGAAAUAGUUUGCGAAGCACAGGGCCUCAGUAGAUUUUUAUCAUUUUAACGUGUAGUGGAGUUGUACAAAGUAAGCAAUAAGCAAGAAGGGAAGUUGGAUAAUUUGAUUUGUAAAAAAACGGUUGCAUCCGGCGGAGGUUACU